CACUUUUCAAAUUAUCAGCUGAUUUCGCGUGUUCCUAUCAGGGGCUUAAAAACUCACAUCUACAUCCAAUACACAAAUGAAUAGUAAAUUUUGCAGGUUAUAUUGCUUCAAUGAUGGAAGCUGUACAUCGUGUAGAGUGGAACAGCCUUUACAUGAAACACAAUGCCUUGGAUGUGCAUGCCCAAGAGAAUGGGCAGGACAACGAUGUGAGAAAAGGAUAAAAUUUCUGUCUACAGCUGUUUCACACACACAUGGAUACAUAACAUCUGGUAUUUUUCUAGGUGUGUUGUUGACAAUCGUAUUAUUCACAAUCAUUCUUUGUAUAACUAAGCAUAAGGUUAUAAAAAAUCUUUGGAUUCAACUUAAAAUAAACUGCCUGAGAAAGCAGAAUGGUAAAGAAGACACAACAUCUGUUGCGUAUACCACUUACACAAAUGAAGAAGCAUUCAGUAUGUAGGUAAAAUUUAUUUUCUUAGUAUAUCUUAUUCUGUUGUAUUUCUAUUUCUACCCUGUGAUUGAUGUACUUUUUAUUUUUAUUGCACUGUCUAUCCUGUGUAAUGGCCUUUUUACAGUUUGUUAUUAGAUUGGUUGACUAUUUGUAUUUGUUUAAUUUCUUUUGAAUAAAAAAU